CUCUUGACUUCUCUUCAACUUUCUACAUAUGCUUCGCUUCCCCUCUCACUGGCUCCUCCACGAGGGUCACCUCCGACAACUUCUUUAUCAGUCUGUCAGCCAUGCAAGACGACGUCUUCUCUGUCUACGGCACCUGGCCGAAGCGCCUGAUGGUCGUAUCUGUAUCGCUCUUUGCGCUCCUCGGGACAAUGGCCACUAGCAUGUACUAUCCCGCCCUCCCAACCGUAGCUAGCGAUCUUGGCGUGACUAUCACAGACGUCAACCUAUCAGUAACAACCUUUAUGAUCCUGCAAGGCAUCGCUCCCACUUUCAUCGGCAGUUUCUCCGACACUAGUGGCCGUCGCCUCGCUUACAUCGCGUGUUUCUCGACUUUUCUCAUUGCCAAUAUUGCCCUGGCACUACAGAAUACUUACGCGGGGCUUCUAGUGCUGCGGUGCGUACAAAGCGCCGGCGCCGGCGGGUUAAUUCCCCUCGCCAGUGGCGUUAUAGCAGAUAUUGUCGAGCCGGCUGAGCGUGGCUCCUAUAUGGCAUGGGCCACCGUUGCGCCCGUUCUUGGCCCUGCUUUGGCACCCGUGCUAGGCGGCGUCUUGACUCGAUAUCUGGGGUGGCAUUCCAUCUUUUGGUUCUUGGCCAUCGCGUGCGUCGUGCUGGGGAUCUUGUUCCUCUUCCUUUUCCCCGAGACCAACCGUAAACUUGUAGGCAACGGAUCGCGGGUGCCACCGCGGCUCAGUCAACCUCUCUGCUUAUGUUUCCAGCAGCGGAGCAAACAGCAGCAGGUAGAGGCCACGGAGCGGAAUUCCAUGUCUUUCCCCAAUCCUUUCUCUAUUUUCAAGGUGGUGCUGGACAAGGAGGGGGCGGUGGUGCUAGCGGGCAACGGUGUAAUCAACAUACUGAUUGCUGGCGUCAACACUGGGCUUCCGCAGCUUAUGACGAGCCUCUACGGCCUUUCUGAGGUGCAAACAUCCCUUUGCUUCUUGGCUUUUGGUGUUGGCAGCGCUGUCUGUACUGUCAUCACAGGCCGACUCAUGGACAGGGCCUACCGAAAGACAGCUGCUAAGCAUAAUAUCCACCUAAAGUUUGCCCGUCGGGACCCAAAUAUGCCUGUAGAGCACGCCCGCCUGCAAGUAACAUGGCCGCAUAUCGUCGCCGCUAUCGCGAGUCUUAUUGGGUAUGGAUGGACGUUGAACAAGCCCACCCACCUAGCCGGACCCAUAGUGUUCCUCUUUGUCAUCGGCUACACCACCACCGCCGUGGCGCAAGCUCUGAACGCUCUUCUGGUAGAUCUCUUCCCUCAAGACGCGGCUACUGCAAGUGCGGCUAACAACUUGAUACGCUGUGGCUUGGGUGCUGCCAUAACCGCCGCUAUACAACCAUUGACCGACGCAGUUCACCCUGGUUGGACAUACACUGUCUGCGCGGCCAUUCUUUUGUUUAUCGUUCCCUUUUUCAUUGCAUUGACUCGUUUUGGACCAGGUUGGCGGGCGAGUCGCGUUAAGCAAGACGCCGCGGGUAAUGGAGGAGAGGAGAAUAUUGUGCAAGUCACUGAAAAUACAGAGGCGAAGGCUCCCUAAAGAUUAUGCUUGUAGCUUAUAAAGCCUCUUGCAGUAUACAUGACGUUGUGGGAUUGUGGGAUUGAGGGGAUAGAAGGCAUGUCAAUAGAGGAGUUAUUCAGUACAUAGAUCGGAGCUUUUGUUCAGUCUCCCGCUCAUUAUGCACCUGCCUUCUUUGCCGGGUGGACAUCUUGUUCAUUAAUCAGUCCUCUGUAAAAGGGCUGUGCGAAAGAGAGGUGCCAUCCCAAUCUGUCAUUUCGGGGCUGAGACACAGGUCUUGUCUGUGUAUGUGUGCGUCGGUGUUGGUGUUCUCGGAUUGCACUGCGAAGGAAAAGUAUAGGAGUGCUUUGGAGAUACUGGCACCCCGAUACGCGAAACCAUGCGAGCGCUUUGCAGGGAACUGAAUGAUGCUGAUAGCGUAUGCAGAAGAUGACAAGAAGC